CCCUUUCCCCAUCCCGGCUCCGUCACCCUCCAGCCCCCCACACUCAGAACAAGAAUGCCCUGUCCGGAACAACCCAGCAGCGCCUAGAUGGCUUUGGUCACGGUUCAGCGAUCGCCUACCCCCAGCACCACCUCCAGCCCCUGCGCUUCGAGCUCUCAUGUGGAAGACAGUGAAUUAGCAGCGUUACUUUGCUGUGAAUGUGAAGAAUCAGAAAUCUUUAGUGGUUCCAAUGAGGCAGACAGUGGGGAGGAGGAAUGCCGGUCACAGCCCAGGAGCAUCAGUGAGAGCUUUCUCACUGUCAAAGGUGCUGCCCUUUUUCUGCCACGGGGAAAUGGAUCAUCCACACCAAGAAUCAGCCACAGACGCAACAAGCAUGCAGGAGAUCUCCAACAGCAUCUUCAAGCAAUGUUCAUAUUACUGCGCCCAGAAGACAACAUCAGGCUGGCUGUAAGACUGGAAAGUACUUACCAGAAUCGAACACGCUAUAUGGUGGUAGUGUCAACUAAUGGUAGGCAAGACACUGAAGAAAGCAUUGUCCUAGGGAUGGAUUUCUCUUCUAAUGACAGCAGCACUUGUACCAUGGGCUUAGUCCUGCCUCUCUGGAGUGACACCCUAAUUCACUUGGAUGGUGACGGUGGGUUCAGCGUAUCAACAGAUAACAGAGUUCAUAUAUUCAAACCUGUAUCUGUGCAGGCAAUGUGGUCUGCACUACAGAGUUUACACAAGGCUUGUGAAGUGGCCAGAAUGCAUAACUACUACCCAGGCAGCCUGUUUCUAACAUGGGUGAGUUAUUAUGAGAGCCAUAUCAACUCAGAUCAGUCCUCGGUCAACGAAUGGAAUGCUAUGCAGGAUGUGCAGUCCCACCGGCCAGACUCUCCAGCACUCUUCACAGACAUACCAACUGAACGUGAGCGAACGGAAAGACUAAUUAAAACCAAACUAAGGGAAAUUAUGAUGCAGAAGGAUUUGGAGAACAUCACAUCCAAAGAGAUAAGAACCGAGUUGGAAAUGCAAAUGGUGUGCAACUUGCGAGAAUUCAAGGAAUUUAUAGAUAACGAGAUGAUAGUGAUCCUUGGUCAGAUGGAUAGCCCUACCCAGAUCUUUGAGCACGUUUUCUUGGGCUCAGAAUGGAAUGCCUCCAACUUAGAGGACUUACAGAACCGAGGGGUGCGAUACAUCUUGAAUGUCACUCGAGAGAUAGAUAACUUUUUCCCAGGAGUCUUUGAGUACCAUAAUAUCCGGGUGUAUGAUGAAGAGGCAACGGAUCUCCUGGCCUACUGGAAUGAUACUUACAAAUUCAUCUCUAAAGCAAAGAAACAUGGAUCUAAAUGCCUUGUACACUGCAAGAUGGGGGUGAGUCGCUCAGCCUCCACCGUGAUCGCCUAUGCAAUGAAGGAAUACGGCUGGAAUCUGGACCGAGCUUAUGACUAUGUAAAGGAAAGACGAACAGUGACCAAGCCCAACCCCAGCUUCAUGAGACAACUGGAAGAGUACCAAGGGAUCUUGCUGGCAAGCAAACAGCGGCAUAACAAGCUCUGGCGAUCUCAUUCAGAUAGUGACCUCUCCGACCACCACGAACCCAUCUGCAAGCCAGGGCUAGAGCUCAACAAGAAGGAGAUCACCACUUCAGCAGACCAGAUUGCCGAGGCGAAGACCACAGAGAGCCACCCACCCUUACCUCCGGUCUUUGUGGAGCACCUGGUCCCUCAAGAUACCAGCCAGAAAGGCCUGUGUACCAAAGGAAGAGUUAUCUGCUUGGAGUUUACUUCUAGGGAAUUUCAUUCUGGACAGAUUGAAGAUGAGUUAAAUCUGAAUGACAUCAAUGGAUGCUCCUCAGGAUGUUGUCUGAAUGACUCCAAAUUCCCUCUUGACAACUGCCAUGCAUCCAAAGCUUUCAUCCAACCUGGACAGGCCCCAGAGAUGGCCAACAAGUUCCCAGACUUGACAGUGGAAGAUUUGGAGACAGACGCACUGAAAGCAGACAUGAACGUCCACUUACUGCCUAUGGAAGAAUUGACAUCUCGACUCAAAGACCUCCCCAUGUCCCCUGACCCUGAGUCACCAAGCCCCCAACCCAGUUGCCAGGCUGGGCUCUCGGAUUUCAGUACAGAUCGCAUUGAUUUCUUCAGUGCCCUAGAGAAGUUUGUAGAGCUUUCCCAAGAAACCCGGUCCCAGUCUUUUUCCCACUCAAGGACGGAAGAACUGGGCGGAGGACGGAGCGAAAGCUGCCGACUGUCAGUGGUAGAAGUGGUCCCUUCUGAAGUGACAGCCGAUGACCAGAGAAGCAGCUCUUUGAGUAAUACCCCCCAUGCGUCUGAAGAAUCUUCAAUAGAUGAGGAACAGUCAAAGGCAAUCUCAGAACUGGUCAGCCCAGACAUCAUCAUGCAGUCUCACUCGGAAAAUGCAAUUUCAGUCAAAGAAAUCAUCACUGAGAUAGAAUCCAUCAGUCAAGGAGUUGGACAGAUUCAACUAAAAGGAGAUGUCCUAUCCAACCCGUGUCAUACGCCAAAGAAGACCACUGUCCAUGAGCUGCCCGUUGAGAGGGCCCAGGCCCUGGAAAACAAACCUAGUCAUCUGGAGCAGAGCGAGGGUUCCUGCACAGCCCAGCCUGAACUAGCCAAAGACUCAGGGAGGUGGGACCCAGGAGGCUGCCCAACCACACGUUCACUCACAGCAGACUUGGAAGAAGAAGACCCAGCUGAGGGGGAGCAAGAGCCUCGUGGCCCAGGGAUGCCCCCAGGUGCCAAGUGGUGCCAGGGCUCAGUGAGGCGAGCCACGUUAGAGUUUGAAGAGCGCUUACGGCAGGAGCAGGAACACCAUGGUGCUGCCCCUGUAUGUACCUCAUUGUCUAUGCGCAAAAAUUCCAAGAAUGAUUCUCUUGUGGCAGACCUAGCACCAAAAGGGAAAAAUGAUGAAGCCACUCCAGAAAAUGUGGUUGUCCCCAAGGAAUCAGAGAUGAACAAGGGCAAAGGGGAAUGUGGUGGGUCUGACGCUAGUUCACUACCCCUUUCUGAACAGAGAGCCACUGCUCCAGCAUCUGAGCUGCUGGAGUCCCACCCCUUGCUGCCUCCUCAGGGGUACCCAGGGUCAGAUGCUGGGAUGCAGCAGGAGGGAGAGCUCGAGGAGCAGAGCACUGUGCUUGCAGGCCAGGAGUCGGAGACUCAGGCAGUCCCUCUUUCUCUUCCUAAGAGGAUAGAAAUCAUAGAGUAUGCCCACUCAGUGACAUCACCUGCUCACCCCGGGCCAGGGGCUGAAGUAGCCACCACCGCAGUAAGUGGGGACCAAGGGCUGAGGGAAGUGAACAUGGAAAAGUCCAUCACUGUGCUCUGUGCACUGGAUGAAAAUCUCAACAGGACUCUCUGCCCCAGUCAGGUUUCUCUGCACCCGCAAGUGCUACCUCUGCCACAUCCUUCCUCUCCUGAGCACGGUAGGCCUGCCAGCCCAGCCUCCACCCUGAGCAGCCCUGAAGACAGGAGCAACAGCCCAGCCACAGCCCUAGGGACAGCGGCGCCUUUUGUCAGUCGCACAACUCAUGUACCAUCUACCAACUUGGAUUACUUGCAAACCCAGACUGUGGUUCACCUGGAAGGCUUCACAGAGCAGAGCAGCAGCACAGACAGCGGGCCCUCUGCACAGCAGGGCGGCUGGGAGGGGAGGCAGGAGGGCCCUGGCUCCAGUGGCAGCGAGGGGCCGCAGAACGGCUCCCGGUUAAGUCGCGAAGACCUGAGUUUAAUUAGCAGACUUGGUGACGACGACAUCGAGGAGUUACAGGAAAAGCUGAACCCAUCACCCACAGCUUGUCGACUCUCACAUAGCUCCAGUAGUGACAACAUAAAGGGUCUCAGCCACAGUGCCAGUGUGGUGAAGGAGCGUGCUAAAGAAAUCGAGUCCCGAGUGAUUUGCCAGGCAGGGAUCACCAUACCAUCCCAGAUGAGACGCUCCGCUUCCCUCGCCAAGUUAGGUUACUUGGACCUCUGUAAAGACUGUUUACCAGAGAGGGAACCUAUCUCCUCAGAAUCCCCUCAUCUCAAACUGCUUCAGCCCUUCAUCAGGACAGACACAGGCAUGCAUGCCAUGGAGGUCCAGGAGCCCCCAGAAAACCCAGGUGCCCCCCAGAACCCAGAGCCCACCAAGUAUUUUGUAGAGCAACUCAGAACAACAGAGUGUAUUGCGCAGAGCAAGCCAGUGGAGAGGCCCCUUGUGCAGUAUGCCAAAGAAUUUGGUUACAGUCCACAGUGUUCGCUCCCCAGGGCAGGACCUGAAUUGCCUAGUUCUGAAGGAGGCCUGCCUUUGCUACAGACCCAGGGCCUACAGUGUGCAAGCCUAGCCCCUGGCCUGGCUGUGGUACCCCGUCAGCAGCAUGGCAGAACUCACCCCCUUAGGAGACUUAAAAAGGCGAAUGAUAAAAAGCGGACAAGCAACCCCUUCUAUAACACCAUGUGAUCUUGAGCCUACACAUGGGACUUUGGAAAAGAAAUGUUUGUAAAAGGGGCAGGUGUAAUAUGUAAGGAACAUGCACUUUAUUGGUUAAUUUUAUGUUUUUGGUCAUUUUACUGUUCAGGCGCAUGCAGGGUUUGGGUUUUUCUGUGUGUAUGUCUGCGUGUGUGUUCGAGAGAGAGGAGAGAGAUUUGGACUGCAAGACCAUUUUGUCUUUUUUUUUUU